GUAAGAACUCAAUUCUACAACCUCUUAGAAGAAAUAGAAAUAUUUUAGCUUCUGCGUUGUGGUAAUGUCAAUAACGAAGAUUUACCUAAAUAAGCAUGUCGUGUCGAUAUUUAGUGGUAUAAUAUUAUUCAGUCAAAGAGUGAAGAGUGAAACUUUAAGGGUAAAAUCUAUGACAACCCUAAAAGAAACAGUCCAGAUGAGUUUUUGGCAUGUAACAGAUGACCAACAGAAAAUGGCAAUUUGUGUGUUUGUGAAGCUAAAUGACAAAAAAGUUGAACCUCCCCCCUCAUGGUCCACACCCUCCAUUCCAUCUCUGUUCUUAUUGUCCAAAACAAACCACUUUUUUGGUUCAUUCUUUAUUCUCUGGUUGGAGUUUUCUCCUCUUUAACAUUGUCUUCUUAGUACAACAAAAAAGAUCAAAGAACAGAAUUGCUUUCUGUAAAGAGCAGCUUCUAUGUGAUUAUCAUCCUUUUGGAGGUUAGGAUAAGAGAUAGGCUGCAAAGGGCUUCUAAGUUUUCACUGGUAAUAUUUCUAAGUAGGUUUUUUCUCUUUUCACGGAAGUUUCUGGCACAUGCAUGGUCUGAAUCUGCUUUAUGACCUCUCUAUCUGCUUCUCUUCUGUCACUUUGUCCUGUUGUUUCUGCAAACAUCAUUUGUCAGGUGAUUACAGAUAGAGUUUUUGAUUCGGUACAGAACUUCAAAAAGUUGCAGCUUAAAUGAAGAAUGCCCAUCUAUCUUAUUUUCCCAAGGGAGAGUUAUGUCAACUAAAGAAUAGCAAAUUUCAUCAACCAAGAAAUUUGCCUCUACUUGAUCAGGACCUUAACUUCCUUCCUUGUUCAGUUGCUGUAUCUAAAGGUUCUGAGAGUGAAAUGAAAGAGUUCUGUGAACCAGGUGGGGAAUUGCCAGUUAUUGCAGCAAAGAAAAGAAGGGCAACAAGUGAGCAUAUUGCUGGAAUUACUUUAUCAGAUCUGGCUAAAAACUUUGGUGUUCCAAUCACAGAAGCUUCAAGAAAUCUAAAUGUUGGAUUAACGGUACUGAAAAGAAAAUGCAGAGAAUUCGGCAUUCAUCGCUGGCCGCACAGGAAGAUAAAGUCCAUUGAUGGUCUAAUCCGAGAUCUUCAGGAAGAAGCAAAACAUAGAGAGGAUGAUCACAAAGCUUUGAUGGCAGUGACAAAGAGGCAAAUGAUGUUGCAAAAUGAAAGAGAGAGCAUUGAGAGGACACCAUUCAGAGAGCUGGAGAUUGAGACCAAGAGAUUUAGGCAAGAUGUUUUCAGGAGAAAGCAUAAAGCUAGAGCUCUAGAAAGUCAGAGUUCAUCAGUCUAGUUUGCAGCUAUUAACAAUUAUAUGCAUAAUAUUG